UGUCUGACUAUCUCCCAUCCCUAGCGCACGAAAACUUUUGCCUUAAACGCCCAUCGCCAGCGCUAUGUAAAUUACUAUUUUUUAUUGUAGUUUUAUCAAAUAAAUGCAAAAUGGAUAUCUGCCGCCUGUGUUUGCGCGGAGUUGGCGGAGCCCAGAUGUGUCUGCAGAUCUUUAACGCAGAUUCAGCGGACAAUAAGGUGGCAGAGGUGCUGCGGCAGCACUUCUGGUUCGAGGUGCUGCCCAACGACGAGAUAUCCAAGGUCAUCUGCAAUGUCUGCUGGACCCAGGUCAGCGAGUUCCACCAGUUCUACCUGUCCAUUCAGGAAGCGCAGGUGAUUUAUGCCACCACCGCGAAGUUUAAGCAGGAUCCGGAGAUGGUGAGCACCUCCUGGCCAGAAGAGGUUCUUAUGCCAGCGGAUGUGUUGGCCGUAGACAACGACGUAAGCGCCCAGCUGAACAUUAAUCCACUGGAUGAGCUUGAACUGUCCCAGAGCCUCGAGCCAGAGGACUUGGAGGACAGCAAGGUAGACAUCAAAACUGAGAGGCAAUCACCAGAAAUGGAAUACGGCCACGAGGAUACCAACAACGACGACCACGACGACGACUAUGAGGACGAAGAUGAUGACGAUGACGAGGAGGACCUAAUCGUGACGAGGAGCGGACGCAAGCGGAAACGGGAGGUGGCCAAGCCAGCCAAGACGAAAAAGACAGGGCCGGGUAGAAAGGGCAAGGAGAAGGUUGUCGCCAAAAGAGGCCCGACAAAAAGGAUAUUUAAGAUGGAGCGACUGCCCCCGUUCUGCAAGGAGGACGAAGAACUGAUCAAACGCUAUAUUGUUAUGGGGUGCGAGUUGUGUAUAUUUCUGGCCGAGGACUUUGACGGCAUACGUGAACACUUUAAGGAGAAGCACCCUGACGAGCGACCCUAUAUAAAGUGUUGCGGUCGAAAGCUGAACAAGAGGUGUCUUAUCCAGGAACAUGCACGACGCCAUGAGAACCCAGAGUACAUAAAAUGCAAGGACUGUGGAAAGGUCUUUGCCAAUUCGAGUGUACUGCGGGCCCACUGGCUGGUGCACCAUGUGCCAGACGAGGAAUGCGACUUCCAGUGCGAGGACUGUGGCAAGCGCUUCUCCCGUCGUAACUUACUGGAGCUGCACAAAGGAUCCCAUGUGCCAGUGAACGAGCGAAAGUUUAUCUGUCCGCAAUGUCCUAAGCACAAUGCUUUUGCCACAGAGUACCAUAUGCAAGUCCACAUCAGCAUGCAACACCGCAAAGCGGCCAAUAUAUGCCACGUCUGUGGCAAGAAAAUUAAAGAUAAGGCUGUUUUUGAGAAGCACGUUCGCCUACACUUCGAGGAGAGCGGACCACGCAUCAAGUGCCCGCGGCCGGACUGCGAGAGCUGGCUGAAAGACGAGGACAACUUGAAGCAACACUUGAGGCGGCACAACGACGAGGGAAAGCUCUUCAUUUGCUCAGAGUGCGGCAAAAGUUGUAAAAACUCAAGAGCGCUUAUUGGUCACAAGCGCUACUCUCAUUCUAAUGUCAUCUACACCUGCGAACAAUGCGGCAAGACCUUCAAAAAAGAUAUCAGCUUGAAGGAGCACAUGGCUCAGCACACUGGAGAGCCACUUUAUAAGUGCCCCUUUUGUCCUCGCACCUUCAACUCCAACGCCAACAUGCACUCUCACAAAAAGAAGAUGCAUCCAGUGGAAUGGGACAUCUGGCGUAAGACUAAGACCGGCAGCUCCCAAAAGAUCCUGCCCAGUGCACAAGUGGCUCAGAUGUUCAGGGACGAUGCCGAUGCCGCAGCUAUUGCCAAUGAUUACACAGCUUAGGUCGAGGAAUGCUUAAAAAAAACUGUUCCGUGGAACAAUUGCUUAGUUUUUGAUUUAAAUUUGUUUGAAAACACAAA